AUGUUCACAAUGAACAAAACUAAAUCCGGAAAUAAACGAAUCCCUCUCCACCAUUUUCAUGUCUGCAAAAGCUCCAAAAUCAAGCUCGGCCUUUUCGUUGACUUCCACAUGACUUGUACUAUGGUUUUUGCUGUUUCCAGUCCUUCAUCAUCGUCUUUCCUUCAUUAUUCUUCCUCUCCUUCAUCUUCUUCUUCGUCCACUGGUCGUAAACUCUCACCUCACUGUUAUUUCUCAAACUCUGCAACCCCUAAAAAUGCAAUCUUUCGGCAAAUUAGAUGCUUUCCGCAGCUGGGUUUGUCUCCUUUUCAUCAGUGGAGUGGACUCAAGCUCACGGGCGGCACAAUUUCUCGAUACUCGGUGAAGUUUGGCAGAAAGAGAAAUCGUAAAGGUAAAGGAGUUUAUGCUUCUUUGUUUGGAGUUGGGGCACCUGAAGCUCUGGUUAUUGGUGUGGUGGCUCUGUUAGUCUUUGGACCUAAAGGUCUUGCUGAGGUCGCUCGUAACCUGGGCAAAACUUUACGAGCUUUCCAACCAACAAUUAGAGAACUUCAGGAGGUGUCGAGAGAAUUCAAGAGCACCCUUGAGAAAGAAAUUGGUCUUGAUGAUACCGAUUAUCGGGUGCCAAAAAAUUUGAGUCCCGACACAACUAAGCCCACACCAGGGGACAAAUUAGAGGACUUCGGGGCAAACACUGAACUCAAUAGAUCUUCACCUGAAAAUUCAGAGGACUCGGCUGAGGACGGUUUAAAGGUCAAAGCGGACAAAUUUAGAGGAGCUCUUGCGCAGCUGCAGAAAGAGCAAGACGAGGAGAAAGAGAAAGAGAAAGAGAGAGAGGAAGAGAAAGCUCAAAGUGUAGAAGAAUCCGAGUCUUCUUCUACAGUUACAGUUACUGCUGUUAUAUCUGAGAACGAAGACAAUAAUGCUUCUCAAGAAGCUGCUUCAGUAGCGGCAACUGCACCAAAUCUCGAAUCUCAGAGCUGA